AUGCAGCUUUUUCUGGUGACUUUUUUGUGGCUGGUGCAGCUGGAUGUGGGGGUGGGUUUCUCAGAGGAGGAUGGAGAGGUGUCGGCAGAGGAGUGGCAGCAGGAUGCAGCUGUGGAUCCGGGUCUGACGGCGGCUGUGGAGGCGCUGGUGAAGAGGUCCAAGGCUCUGCGCUUCUACGGACUCAUGGGAAAACGCUCAGGAGCAGCCAACGAGAAACCAAUUAAAGUAGAUAGAAAGAAGAAAGGAGAGAUGUUUGUUGGUCUGAUGGGACGGAGCGUAUCAGAACAUUUGCCGAGAACUCGUCCUUCACCUGCGUCCGAUUCUCCGGAGAAAUCGCAAAAGCAAGGUUCUCAAGAGGAAUGGCUCCGGAUCAUCUACUGA